AAAACAAGCAUAGUUUAAAUUCUCUUCUAAAACUCAAAAAGCUAAACUGGAGUAUGGUUUUCCUCUCACCUUUUUUCUUCAAACAAUUGUGUACAAGUCAAGCACCCCUAUGCGGAGGGGAUAAAAGAAAGGAAUGUGAGAAAUGGUAAAAAGAAAUGCCCAAUUCUUUUGUGUUUGAUGCUCAGCUCUUCCGGGCUGCAGUUGGGCUUACUCCCUUGUGCACUUCAUCUUGACGCAUCAUUCAUAUGGACUUAAUCCGGGGGAUACGGCGGAUUUAAACCUCGUAUAUGGUUGAGAUGCGAUUACGUGCUACUGACGGAUUGCCGCAGGUAUGGCGGUAUGCUGUCCGGAAGAGCCGACACAAGCUGCAGUACGGACUGGACCUAAUAUCAAUAUCAGUGCCAACGCACUGGAGGUCGCCUGCUCUGGUUCUGCCGACAGAGCAUGUCCUAGGUCAGACGACCGGUGAUGAAUCCGGUAUGUUGCUCGUUCGGGUGAAGGAGAGAGGCUCGCAGCCAAAACGUGUAAGAGUAGUAGUAGGGUAUGUUACCACUAUAUCAGAGAGGCGAGAUCAGUCAUAGCCAUUACCGGUGCCAAUCUGACUGGCAAAAGCAGUGGAAACACUACGAGCAUCAUCGUCUUCAAAGCCGCCAAGUGCACCACGCAACCCAC